AAAAAAUAUUCCAGCAGCUGAUCUUGUUAUCCGAAAUUAUCGAGGGAUCAUGAGUCGCCUUGGAUCGCCUGCGGUGGCAGUUUGGUGUUUCUUCCUCGUAGUGUUCAGCGCCGCCGACGAAGCUGGAGCUCACCAUGUAGGCGAAGAGCCCGACGCCGAUGAUUUCACCAGCAUCAACUGCGGAAACACUGACGAAACUAUCUACACCGACGAGGCCACCGGCAUCAACUACACCUCCGAUAGCUCUUACAUCACCACCGGCGAUGCCCGUUCAAUUUCCCCCAGCCUCCUCGCCGCCACCCCGAAGUAUCUUCAAACUCUGCGAAGCUUCCCCAAUUCCACGGCGCCGCCUCGCAACUGCUACUCCCUGCAGGCCGUAAAGAUACAGGAGUACCUGAUACGGGUCACCUUCAUGCACGGCGACUACGAUGGGAGCUUCGCCGCUGGAGGAGGCGGGCUGCUGUUUGACCUCUACGUCGACGUCAACCUCUGCAGGACGGUGAACGUGACGGAGGCGUCGAGGGCGUACGUGGUGGAGGUGGUGGCCGUGGCCGUGGCAGGUAAUAUAUCGGUGUGCUUGGUCGACAAGGGGUCGGGGACCCCGUUCGUGUCGGCGGUGGAGCUCCGGCCGGUGCCGGAUACGGUGAUGCAUUCGUGGUUCAACCAGACCCAAAAUCUUAUUCUGUUUCUGAGGGUCGAUUUGGGGACGACGACAGAUAAGGUCUUAAGGUACCCCGAUGACCGCAUCGACCGGCUUUGGGACCCCUACAGCACAUGGGCCCACUCGCUUAAUUUCCGGCCCGCCAAUUUAAACCUUAUCGCCGUCACCCAGACCGUCGAUAGCGACGAAGACUUCAAGGAGCCGUCGACGGUGAUGCAGACGGCGGUGGCGCCGGCCAACUCAUCCAUCUUGGAGUUCUCCUGGGACUUCGCCAGCUCCGGCGCUACCGACAACGCGUUCUACGCCUUCCUCCACUUUGCCGAGCUCCAGAACACCUCCAGAUCGUUCAACAUCUACCUCAACGGUGAUAUCCUACAGGCCAACUUCACCCCGAGCCCCCUGAAAGCAACCUACUUCCCCAAUGAUGUCCCCUUGGUGCAGAGUCCCCGGUACCAAUGGACUCUCAACUCCACGGGCUUGUCUAACCUUCCGCCAAUCCUCAACGCGCUCGAGGUCUACACGCCGCUGCAUCUCACCAACACGCCGACUGACGAUCGAGAUGCUGCUGCCAUUGUGCUAAUCAGGAGCGAUUACAAUGUGAAAAGAAACUGGAUGGGAGAUGCAUGUAUUCCAGUUCAAUAUGCUUGGGAAGGCUUGAAUUGCACCAACCGUGAGGAAUCAGCAAGGAUCGUCGGCAUAAAUUUGUCGUCCAGUGAAUUAACUGGCUUCAUAUCAUCUUCUUUUGCAUCGCUCUUUGCGAUGGAAUCCCUCGACUUGUCUGGCAACAAACUAACAGGAUCGAUACCUGAAGAACUAGGCAAUUUGCCGUCACUCAGAUACUUAAAUGUGUCAGGAAACAGUCUAAGUGGAGACAUUCCUGCUGCUUUGCAGCAAAAAAGAAAAGAAGGGCGGCUUAUUUUUGAAUUUGAAGGCAAUCCUGAUCUUUGUACUAAUGUAACUCAAUGUGAGGGAAGCAGAAAAACAAAGAAGCUCACAAUGCCAAUUAUUGUGGUUUUAUGUUUAGUUUCUUUUCUGCUGAUAUUUGUGGUCAUAUUCAUGGUGUGGAGACUCAGAAAGUCAGAAGGUAACUUCUCAAGAUUGUUAAAGGGACGCCGAGAUAAUCCAUUGCAACUUGAAAACCGAGAGUUUACUUACAGUGAGUUAGAGAGAAUAACUGACAACUUUAAGAAUAGCAUUGGCAAGGGAGCAUUUGGUACAGUCUACUAUGGUUUGUUGGAAGAUGGUACUCAAGUUGCAGUCAAACUGCGCUCUCAAUCAUCAUCACAGGGCACUAAAGAGUUUCUAGCCGAGGCUCUAAACUUGAUAAGGAUCCAUCACAAGAACCUUCUCACUUUGGUUGGCUACUGUAUGGAUGGAGAUCAUUUGGCGCUUGUCUAUGAAUAUAUGUCUCAGGGGACCUUACAUGAUCAUCUAAGAGAUAAAACCGGGCGAAACACUUCUUUGAGUUGGAGACAGCGACUUCAGAUUGCUGUUGAAGCUGCACAAGGUCUGGAUUAUUUACACAAGGGUUGCAAACCGCCGCUAGUCCAUAGAGAUGUGAAGACCACAAAUAUCCUAUUAAGUGAAACUUUUGAAGCCAAGAUAGCAGAUUUUGGUUUGUCCAAGGCUUACCAAAAUGACGGCGAUAGCCAUGUGUCGACAAAUGUGGUUGGAACGCCAGGUUACCUUGAUCCAGAAUAUUACUUGAGUUACCAACUCAGUGAAAAGAGCGACGUGUAUAGCUUCGGGGUGGUUCUACUGGAGCUUAUCACCGGCCAGCCUCCUGUUAUAAAAGUUCCUCACAACACUACUUUGAUCCAGUGGGUUCAGCAACGGCUUGCAACAGGGAAUAUUGAGGAUGUUGUUGAUGCAAACCUGGGAAGUCAGUACGAUGUCAAUUCGAUCUGGAAGGCUGCUGAUGUCGCACUUAGAUGCACCUCACAAACAUCACACCAAAGGCCGUCUAUGGCUGAGGUAGUGUUGGAGCUGAAGGAAAGUCUGUCGCUCGAGGCUGGUCCAAAGGCACCCACGUUAAACCCGGAUCUAAGUGGCAAGAGGCUAGACACUGGAACUCUUGGAAUGAGCCAAACAAGUGCACAUGAUGAUAUCGAAUAUUUUCCUGGGAUUUCUCCGGCAGCAAGAUAGUGUCACAACUAUUCAAUACCUCGUGUCCCUUCGGAGACAGACGACUUUAUCCAAAACUGAUAUAUUAGAAGAAAGAUCAGCAUGUAAAAAUUGUAAAAUUAUGAAAGUUAAUUAUGUAUGUUGUUUCUUUUUGAACUUUGAAGAAACUGUUUUUUGGAUUAUUAAUGUUUCCAAUUUGUAGUGUUGA